CUGCUGAAGAGGGUGUAAACAGAUGAUAUAAUGGGAUCGUAGGGCACUUCAUAGCACUAAACUGCUGAUUAGAUAAUUGCACUUAUUUUUCAUACAGGUGCUUUAUUUGUCAGGACGCAGCGUUACGUGUCUGUGACUGGGUAUUGCUUGAUCUUGCACAACAGCAGUCUUUUUAAAUAUAUAUUUUUUAUAUUCCGUGGUGUUUUAUAAUUAUUUGGCUACGCUUUUUCUUAAUGGGGAUCAAUAAGACUUAUAUCAGCAUAGGCUACGCCACCUUUGGCGUAUUAAUGGGGUUUUCCGCCUUCUUCGCGUGGAAUAUCGCCUUCAAACAGCCGUGGACCGCAGCGAUGGGGGGUCUGUCAGGAGUGCUGGCGUUGUGGGCCUUGAUCACUCACGUCAUGUAUGUGCAGGACUACUGGCGCACCUGGUUGAAGGGCCUCAAGUUCUUCCUUUUCAUCGGUGGGCUCUUCGCCUUGCUGGCCGUGGUGGCCUUCAUCGCCUUCCUCUCCCUCGCCAUCACCCGGCACCAGUCCCUAACUGAUCCCAGAAGCUACUACCUGUCGUGCGUGUGGAGCUUCCUGACCUUCAAGUGGGCCUUCCUGCUGGGGCUGUACUCUCACCGGUACCGCAAGGAGUUCGCCGACAUCAGCAUCCUGAGCGACUUCUGAAGGCGCCGGGGGGGGGGCCUGCGGGGAGAGGAAGAGCGGGGCGACGGGGGGGCUGGCGAAGCGAGGGUGUCGGGGGCGUCUCCCACCCCUCUCUUUGUGGCCUCGCCCCGCACUGCCGGGGCGACACCAUGGACUGACCUGCUGAUGCAGCCGGGUGACUUCUUUCUUUGUCGUCGUUUUUUUUUUAAAAAUAGAUUUUUCUUCCUUUUUUACAGUAACAUGUAAAAAAAAAAAGAUGGCUGUUGUGAAGCGUACGUCCUUAUUGUUCUGCUUCAUGUUCAGAAAGCUUACUCUCUCUUACCACUACGCCAGAAUCGAUGCAGCUUUUAAAACUUUCAGUAUACGUUUGUACGCAGUUUACUCUGUCAACACCAGAUUUUUUUUUUAAUCUUGCUGAUGAGACAUCACUUUCUGCCGUUAUUAAUUCCGUUGGUGUCUUGUCUCCAAGCCGCUGUUGUAGCAGGAGGAGAUUUUAGCACAUUAAAAAAUACUUACCUGC